GUGAGCGGAAGCUGUAUAAACCAGACGAAACGCGACAAAACAACCUCUCCCUCCAAUCCAGUAACGCUGUCUCGCUCAUAGUUCUUUCCCUUUGCUUCCUCUCCUCUCCUUCCUUUAUAAUCUUUUGAUUUCUCCAAACUCAUUUGUUUCUUUCUUCAUUCUCAUCAUCCUUAUCUGCUUCCGUUGACCGUGUCCUCUUUUUCUGAGUUUUUUUUCUUGUGUGGAAAACAACAAACAAGGAGAAAUGAGUAUGAGAAUCGAAUACCAAGAGGAGCAUAUAAAGAACUCAAGAGGAGUUUUGUUAUUUACUUGCAGAUGGUUGCCUUUCUCUUCUCCUACGGCUCUUGUUUUCCUUUGCCACGGUUAUGGCAUGGAAUGCAGUGGAUUCAUGAAAGAAUGUGGAACCAGGCUAGCCAAAGCAGGAUAUGCCGUGUUUGGGAUUGAUUAUGAAGGACAUGGAAAAUCCCAGGGUGCUCGGUGUUACAUUAAGAAUUUUGAAAACAUCGUUAAAGACUGCGAUGAAUACUUCAAAUCUGUCUGCGCUGAGGAAAGAUACAGGGAAAAGAGCAGAUUUUUAUACGGAGAGUCAAUGGGAGGUGCAGUGGCCCUACUGCUCCAUAAAAAAGACUCUUCCUUUUGGAAUGGUGCUGUUCUUGUUGCACCUAUGUGUAAGAUAUCAGAGAAUGUGAAGCCACAUCCAGUGGUCGUAAAUAUAUUGACUAAAAUGGAACUGUUUAUACCUAAAUGGAAGAUUGUACCCACAAGAGAUGUAAUCGACUCAGCAUUCAAAGACCCUGUUAAACGAGAAGAGAUAAGGAACAAUAAGCUGAUAUACCAAGGUAAACCCAGACUAAAAACAGCGCUGGAAAUGCUUAGAGCCAGCAUGAGCAUUGAAGCUAGCUUAAAUGAGGUGACGCUCCCCUUCUUUGUUCUGCACGGCGACGCCGAUACGGUGACAGACCCAGAAGUAAGCAAGGCGUUGUACGCGAAAGCAAGAAGCGAGGACAAGACCAUAAGAUUGUAUCCAGGGAUGUGGCACGGGCUGACGGCGGGAGAGUCCGAUGAAAACGUCGAGAUCGUCUUUGCGGAUAUCAGAGCUUGGCUCGACAGGCAUAGCACUACGCUAGAGCAAUUUCUUGAACCAUUCGACGAAGGAGCGACGGCCAUUGGCAGGACACAAUCAAACGGGGGGCAUUUGAGCAGAUUGAAGGGACCUUACACGCGACAUCACUCGGCAAUGUAACCUCAUUGUGUUAACUACAGUUGGUCUCUGACCCUGUAUAUUGCAAAGCCAUUGAAGGGAGAAACUAUUCAAGAACUGAUCAUAUUGCAAGAUGUGAUUCAAAAUUUCCCCAACUGUUUGGGUUCGAUAGAAUUUGUUUAGGGUUCCUGAAUAUAUAAUUGAGAUGUUUUAGCUUUAGAUGAUUAAAUGAUUGUAAAAAAACAAGCUUUCUUUUGGCCCAUUAUUAGCUCAUCUGCUCAUGGGCUAAGUUGGACCAGACGGAGGUUUGAUUUUAAAAAUAAAUUUCACGUCCGUGUUUAAUC